AUGCUCAACGUCUUCAGACUCAACACUCGUCCGCUGGAGUUUGAUCUGCAUCUACGGCUCAGUACUCAUGUUUGUCCAGCAGGAGCUGAGCUCCAGGAGAUUAUGAAGAUGAGGAGGCCUGGGCUGAUGAAGAUACUGAUGAAGAUACUGAUGAAGAUACUGUUGCUGCUGGUCCUGAGCUGUGAUGUUUGUGUUCAGGAUCAGGUGUGUUCUCGGUCUCAGAUCGACAGCUGCAGCGACUGCAUCAAAGCAGGACCCCUCUGUGUGUGGUGCCAACAGCUGAACUUCACGAAGGCGGGGGAGCAGGAGGCUGUCCGCUGUGACACCAUGGAGCACCUGAUAGAGCGUGGCUGUGACUCCAAAAAUAUUGUCACCGUCACAAACCAACACACUGUCACUGCGGACGUACCCCUGACCCAGAGUUUCACCCAGAGAGGGACCGACCCGGUGCAGCUGAGGCCACAGGGCAUCAGUUUGACGGUCCGGCCAGGCUCACCGGCCCGGUUCCAGGUUAGGUUCAAGCGGGUGCAGGGGUACCCGGUCGACCUGUACUACCUCAUGGACCUGUCCUUCUCCAUGAAAGACGACCUACAGAACGUCAAGGAACUGGGAACAAACCUGUUCUCUGCUCUGAGGAAGAUCACCGAGCACGGCCGCAUAGGAUUCGGAGCGUUUGUGGAUAAGACAGUUCUCCCGUUCACAAACACAAAUCCUCAGAAGCUGCUGAAACCGUGUGAUGAAGACUUGGCGAGUUGCCAGGCAGCGUUUGGUUAUCGCCACGUCCUGAGUCUCACCGAUAGUGAGGACCGCUUCAAGACCGAAGUGCAGAAACAGCACAUAUCUGGCAACCUGGACACUCCGGAGGGCAGUCUGGAUGCCAUGAUGCAAGCCACUGUCUGCGGGGACCAGAUUGGUUGGAAGAACAGUUCCACGCGGCUCAUCGUACUCACCACAGACGCCGGGUUCCACGCUGCAGGAGACGGGCGUCUGGCCGGGAUCCUGGAGCCCAACGACCAACAGUGCCACCUGCAGAACAGUGUCUACACUGCAUCUAAUACUAUGGAUUACCCGUCCGUGGGGCAGCUCGCUCUGCAGUUGGAGAAACAGAACAUUCAGCCCAUUUUCGCUGUGACUCAAGACGUCUCCAACAUCUACAAGGAUUUGUCAAAGAUGAUUCCCAAAUCCGAGGUGGGAAUUCUGUCGGAGAACUCUGACAACGUGGUCAAACUCAUCACAGAUGCCUACAACAGGCUGUCCUCCAAAGUGACCCUCACCCAUGACUCACUUCCUGACGACGUUCAAGUGACUUUCAGCCCAAAGUGUGAACAUCCAGGACCCAAGGGAGCGACCGGAGUCUGUGAAGACGUGCAACAGGGAAAAGAGAUCCAGUUUGAUGUGGAGGUGGUUGCUGGUUCCUGUCUUCCUGGUCCUCGGACCUUCACCAUCAGACCGUUGGGGAUCAAAGACUCACUGACUGUGAUUAUGGACACGGACUGUGACUGUAAGUGCAGCCAGUCAGCAGAGGGGGAGCGGCAUCCACACUGCAGCAACCAGGGACGAGUGGACUGUGGGAUCUGCAGUUGUGCGGAGGGCUUCCUGGGACAGUUCUGUAACUGUUCUGCGGACGAGCGGACUCAGACGGCAUCCUGUCGCCAUGACAACGGCACGGUGUGCGAGGGCCGUGGCGACUGUGUCUGCGGACGCUGCCAGUGUCACACCAAACCAUCAGGGACCAGUUACCACGGCAACUACUGUCAGUGUGACGACGAGUCCUGUGACUACCACCUCAACGCUCUGUGUGCAGGUAAUGGCAAGUGUCGCUGUGGGAAGUGUGACUGUAAUUCCGGGUAUGAGGGGGACGCCUGCCAGUGUCCCGUGUCCCGGGAGAGCUGCACCCAGAAUGGGGCGCAGUGCAACGGUCGCGGGACCUGCCAGUGUAACAGCUGUGUGUGCGACAGCGGGUACCUGCCCCCCCUCUGUCUGCUCUGCCCUUCCUGCCCCAGCCCCUGCCACGCCAGGCUAGCCUGUGUGGAGUGCCUCUCCUUCUCUCAGGGGCCUCUGAAGCAGAACUGCUCGCUCGCCUGCAGUUCCACUUCUCACCAGAUGGUGUCGCACUUGGGCGGCGGGCGUCACUGUGAACUGAAGGACUCUGAGGGCUGCUGGAUCCGCUUCAAACUGCAGCAGCUGGUGGGACGGAACCAGUACCACGCACUAGUACUGCCCACAAGAGGUACACGCACAAGUACUGCCCACAAGAGGUACACGCGCAAGUACUGCCCACAAGAGGUACACGCACUAGUACUGCCCACAAGGGGUACACGCGCAAGUACUGCCCACAAGAGGUACACGCACAAGUACUGCCCACAAGAGGUACACGCACAAGUACUGCCCACAAGAGGUACACGCACUAGUACUGCCCACAAGAGGUACACGCACAAGUACUGCCCACAAGAGGUACACGCACAAGUACUGCCCACAAGAGGUACACGCACAAGUACUGCCCACAAGAGACUGUCCUGCCUCCCUCACCACCUCUCUCUCUCUCUCUCCCCCACAGACUGUCCCGCCUCCCUCACCUCUCUCUCUCUCCCCCACAGACUGUCCCGCCUCCCUCACCUCUCUCUCUCUCUCCCCCACAGACUGUCCCGCCUCCCUCACCUCUCUUUUUCUCUCCCCCACAGACUGUCCCGCCUCCCUCACCUCUCUCUCUCUCCCCCACAGACUGUCCCGCCUCCCUUACCCUCUCUCUCUCUCCCCCACAGACUGUCCCACCUCCCUCACCUCUCUCUCUCCCCCCCCCCUGUCCCGCCUCCCUCACCUCUCUCUCUCUCCCCCACAGACUGUCCCGCCUCCCUUACCUCUCUCUCUCCCCCACAGACUGUCCCGCCUCCCUCACCUCUCUCUCUCUCCCCCACAGACUGUCCCGCCUCCCUCACCUCUCUCUCUCUCUCCCCCACAGACUGUCCCGCCUCCCUUACCUCUCUCUCUCCCCCACAGACUGUCCCGCCUCCCUCACCUCUCUCUCUCUCCCCCACAGACUGUCCCGCCUCCCUCACCUCUCUCUCUCCCCCACAGACUGUCCCGCCUCCCUCACCUCUCUCUCUCUCUCCCCCACAGACUGUCCCGCCUCCCUCACCUCUCUCUCUCUCUCCCACCACAGACUGUCCCGCCUCCCUCACCUCUCUCUCUCCCCCACAGACUGUCCCGCCUCCCUCACCUCUCUCUCUCUCUCCCCCACAGACUGUCCCGCCUCCCUUACCUCUCUCUCUCCCCCACAGACUGUCCCGCCUCCCUCACCUCUCUCUCUCCCCCACAGACUGUCCCGCCUCCCUCACCUCUCUCUCUCUCUCCCCCACAGACUGUCCCGCCUCCCUUACCUCUCUCUCUCCCCCACAGACUGUCCCGCCUCCCUCACCUCUCUCUCUCUCCCCCACAGACUGUCCCGCCUCCCUCACCUCUCUCUCUCUCUCCCCCACAGACUGUCUCGCCUCCCUCACCUCUCUCUCUCCCCCACAGACUGUCCCGCCUCCCUCACCUCUCUCUCUCUCUCCCCCACAGACUGUCCCGCCUCCCUUACCUCUCUCUCUCUCUCCCCCACAGACUGUCCCGCCUCCCUCACCUCUCUCUCUCUCUCCCCCACAGACUGUCCCGCCUCCCUUACCUCUCUCUCUCCCCCACAGACUGUCUCGCCUCCCUCACCUCUCUCUCUCCCCCACAGACUGUCUCGCCUCCCUCACCUCUCUCUCUCUCUCUCCCCCACAGACUGUCCCGCCUCCCUCACCUCUCUCUCUCUCUCCCCCACAGACUGUCCCGCCUCCCUUACCUCUCUCUCUCCCCCACAGACUGUCCCGCCUCCCUCACCUCUCUCUCUCUCCCCCACAGACUGUCCCGCCUCCCUCACCUCUCUCUCUCUCUCCCACCACAGACUGUCCCGCCUCCCUCACCUCUCUCUCUCUCUCCCCCACAGACUGUCCCGCCUCCCUUACCUCUCUCUCUCCCCCACAGACUGUCCCGCCUCCCUCACCUCUCUCUCUCUCCCCCACAGACUGUCCCGCCUCCCUCACCUCUCUCUCUCUCUCCCACCAGACUGUCCCGCCUCCCUCACCUCUCUCUCUCCCCCACAGACUGUCCCGCCUCCCUCACCUCUCUCUCUCUCUCCCCCACAGACUGUCCCGCCUCCCUUACCUCUCUCUCUCUCUCCCCCACAGACUGUCCCGCCUCCCUCACCUCUCUCUCUCUCUCCCCCACAGACUGUCCCGCCUCCCUUACCUCUCUCUCUCCCCCACAGACUGUCCCGCCUCCCUCACCUCUCUCUUUCUCUCCCCCACAGACUGUCCCGCCUCCCUUACCUCUCUCUCUCCCCCACAGACUGUCUCGCCUCCCUCACCUCUCUCUCUCCCCCACAGACUGUCCCGCCUCCCUCACCUCUCUCUCUCUCUCCCCCACAGACUGUCCCGCCUCCCUUACCUCUCUCUCUCCCCCACAGACUGUCCCGCCUCCCUCACCUCUCUCUCUCUCCCCCACAGACUGUCCCGCCUCCCUCACCUCUCUCUCUCUCUCCCCCACAGACUGUCUCGCCUCCCUCACCUCUCUCUCUCCCCCACAGACUGUCCCGCCUCCCUCCCUCACCUCUCUCUCUCUCUCCCCCACAGACUGUCCCGCCUCCCUUACCUCUCUCUCUCUCUCCCCCACAGACUGUCCCGCCUCCCUCACCCUCUCUCUCUCUCUCCCCCACAGACUGUCCCGCCUCCCUUACCUCUCUCUCUCCCCCACAGACUGUCCCGCCUCCCUCACCUCUCUCUUUCUCUCCCCCACAGACUGUCCCGCCUCCCUUACCUCUCUCUCUCCCCCACAGACUGUCUCGCCUCCCUCACCUCUCUCUCUCCCCCACAGACUGUCUCGCCUCCCUCACCUCUCUCUCUCUCUCUCCCCCACAGACUGUCCCGCCUCCCUUACCUCUCUCUCUCCCCCACAAACUGUCUCGCCUCCCUCACCCUCUCUCUCUCUCUCUCUCCCCCACAGACUGUCCCGCCUCCCUUACCUCUCUCUCUCCCCCACAGACUGUCCCGCCUCCCUCACCUCUCUCUCUCUCUCCCCCACAGACUGUCCCGCCUCCCUUACCUCUCUCUCUCCCCCACAGACUGUCUCGCCUCCCUCACCUCUCUCUCUCUCUCUCCCCCACAGACUGUCCCGCCUCCCUCACCUCUCUCUCUCCCCCACAGACUGUCCCGCCUCCCUCACCUCUCUCUCUCUCUCCCCCACAGACUGUCCCGCCUCCCUUACCUCUCUCUCUCUCUCCCCCACAGACUGUCCCGCCUCCCUCACCUCUCUCUCUCUCUCCCCCACAGACUGUCCCGCCUCCCUUACCUCUCUCUCUCCCCCACAGACUGUCCCGCCUCCCUCACCUCUCUCUUUCUCUCCCCCACAGACUGUCCCGCCUCCCUUACCUCUCUCUCUCCCCCACAGACUGUCUCGCCUCCCUCACCUCUCUCUCUCCCCCACAGACUGUCUCGCCUCCCUCACCUCUCUCUCUCUCUCUCCCCCACAGACUGUCCCGCCUCCCUUACCUCUCUCUCUCCCCCACAAACUGUCUCGCCUCCCUCACCUCUCUCUCUCUCUCUCCCCCACAGACUGUCCCGCCUCCCUUACCUCUCUCUCUCCCCCACAGACUGUCCCGCCUCCCUCACCUCUCUCUCUCUCUCUCCCCCACAGACUGUCCCGCCUCCCUUACCUCUCUCUCUCCCCCACAAACUGUCUCGCCUCCCUCACCUCUCUCUCUCUCUCUCCCCCACAGACUGUCCCGCCUCCCUUACCUCUCUCUCUCCCCCACAAACUGUCUCGCCUCCCUCACCUCUCUCUCUCUCUCUCCCCCACAGACUGUCCCGCCUCCCUUACCUCUCUCUCUCCCCCACAGACUGUCUCGCCUCCCUCACCUCUCUCUCUCUCUCCCCCACAGACUGUCCCGCCUCCCUCACCUCUCUCUCUCCCCCACAGACUGUCUCGCCUCCCUCACCUCUCUCUCUCUCUCUCCCCCACAGACUGUCCCGCCUCCCUCACCUCUCUCUCUCUCUCCCCCACAGACUGUCCCGCCUCCCUUACCUCUCUCUCUCCCCCACAGACUGUCCCGCCUCCCUCACCUCUCUCUCUCUCCCCCACAGACUGUCCCGCCUCCCUCACCUCUCUCUCUCUCUCCCACCACAGACUGUCCCGCCUCCCUCACCUCUCUCUCUCCCCCACAGACUGUCCCGCCUCCCUCACCUCUCUCUCUCUCUCCCCCACAGACUGUCCCGCCUCCCUUACCUCUCUCUCUCCCCCACAGACUGUCCCGCCUCCCUCACCUCUCUCUCUCUCCCCCACAGACUGUCCCGCCUCCCUCACCUCUCUCUCUCUCUCCCACCAGACUGUCCCGCCUCCCUCACCUCUCUCUCUCCCCCACAGACUGUCCCGCCUCCCUCACCUCUCUCUCUCUCUCCCCCACAGACUGUCCCGCCUCCCUUACCUCUCUCUCUCUCUCCCCCACAGACUGUCCCGCCUCCCUCACCUCUCUCUCUCUCUCCCCCACAGACUGUCCCGCCUCCCUUACCUCUCUCUCUCCCCCACAGACUGUCCCGCCUCCCUCACCUCUCUCUUUCUCUCCCCCACAGACUGUCCCGCCUCCCUUACCUCUCUCUCUCCCCCACAGACUGUCUCGCCUCCCUCACCUCUCUCUCUCCCCCACAGACUGUCCCGCCUCCCUCACCUCUCUCUCUCUCUCCCCCACAGACUGUCCCGCCUCCCUUACCUCUCUCUCUCCCCCACAGACUGUCCCGCCUCCCUCACCUCUCUCUCUCUCCCCCACAGACUGUCCCGCCUCCCUCACCUCUCUCUCUCUCUCCCCCACAGACUGUCUCGCCUCCCUCACCUCUCUCUCUCCCCCACAGACUGUCCCGCCUCCCUCACCUCUCUCUCUCUCUCCCCCACAGACUGUCCCGCCUCCCUUACCUCUCUCUCUCUCUCCCCCACAGACUGUCCCGCCUCCCUCACCUCUCUCUCUCUCUCCCCCACAGACUGUCCCGCCUCCCUUACCUCUCUCUCUCCCCCACAGACUGUCCCGCCUCCCUCACCUCUCUCUUUCUCUCCCCCACAGACUGUCCCGCCUCCCUUACCUCUCUCUCUCCCCCACAGACUGUCUCGCCUCCCACACCUCUCUCUCUCCCCCACAGACUGUCUCGCCUCCCUCACCUCUCUCUCUCUCUCUCCCCCACAGACUGUCCCGCCUCCCUUACCUCUCUCUCUCCCCCACAAACUGUCUCGCCUCCCUCACCUCUCUCUCUCUCUCUCCCCCACAGACUGUCCCGCCUCCCUUACCUCUCUCUCUCCCCCACAGACUGUCCCCGCCUCCCUCACCUCUCUCUCUCUCUCCCCCACAGACUGUCCCGCCUCCCUUACCUCUCUCUCUCCCCCACAGACUGUCUCGCCUCCCUCACCUCUCUCUCUCUCUCUCCCCCACAGACUGUCCCGCCUCCCUCACCUCUCUCUCUCCCCCACAGACUGUCCCGCCUCCCUCACUCUCUCUCUCUCUCUCCCCCACAGACUGUCCCGCCUCCCUUACCUCUCUCUCUCUCUCCCCCACAGACUGUCCCGCCUCCCUCACCUCUCUCUCUCUCUCCCCCACAGACUGUCCCGCCUCCCUUACCUCUCUCUCUCCCCCACAGACUGUCCCGCCUCCCUCACCUCUCUCUUUCUCUCCCCCACAGACUGUCCCGCCUCCCUUACCUCUCUCUCUCCCCCACAGACUGUCUCGCCUCCCUCACCUCUCUCUCUCCCCCACAGACUGUCUCGCCUCCCUCACCUCUCUCUCUCUCUCUCCCCCACAGACUGUCCCGCCUCCCUCACCUCUCUCUCUCUCUCCCCCACAAACUGUCUCGCCUCCCUCACCUCUCUCUCUCUCUCUCCCCCACAGACUGUCCCGCCUCCCUUACCUCUCUCUCUCCCCCACAGACUGUCCCGCCUCCCUCACCUCUCUCUCUCUCUCCCCCACAGACUGUCCCGCCUCCCUUACCUCUCUCUCUCCCCCACAAACUGUCUCGCCUCCCUCACCUCUCUCUCUCUCUCUCCCCCACAGACUGUCCCGCCUCCCUUACCUCUCUCUCUCCCCCACAAACUGUCUCGCCUCCCUCACCUCUCUCUCUCUCUCUCCCCCACAGACUGUCCCGCCUCCCUUACCUCUCUCUCUCCCCCACAGACUGUCUCGCCUCCCUCACCUCUCUCUCUCUCUCCCCCACAGACUGUCCCGCCUCCCUCACCUCUCUCUCUCUCUCCCCCACAGACUGUCCCGCCUCCCUCACCUACAUCGUGGCGUUCUCGGUGGCGUCCGUGGCGUUGGUUGGGAUUCUUAUUCUGCUUCUGGUCAAACUUCUGCUUUACAUCAACGACCUCAAAGAGUUCCGGAAGUUUGAGAACGAGAAGAAGAAGUCUCGCUGGGCUGAGGCUGAUAAUCCUCUGUUUCAAAACGCCACAACCACAGUCACCAACCCUACCUUCACCGGAGACUGA